GGAGUUUAAUCGACGCGUGGCGUUCGUUGCAGCCUUUGCAGAAACGGCAGAGAACCGUGGAGGACUUCAACCAGUUCUGCACCUUCGUUUUGGCCUACGCAGGCUACAUCCCCUACCCUGAAGAGAAUGAGCCCUGGACCCACGGAGGCAGCAUGAGCCCCCAGAACAGCACGGGGAGCACACAGGACAGCGAUAGCUGGGCCUCGUCCCACUCCUCUGACUGCCACGUCCUGACGGACAACAGGAGGAACAGGAACGCUGCGGGCAGGGGGGCUGCGGACAACAGCCUGCUCGUGAGCUGCCCUGCCUUCCCCACCGGCUUCUACGACGUCCGGCCCCAGCAAACCAAACGGAAGAAACCACCGGCAAAGAAACUCAUUUUGGAGGAGAAAGUGGAGAAGAGGGUGCCUCUGAGUGCUGGGAAGGCCUUUGGGGCAGAGCAGGAUGGGGUGAAGGAGCUGGCUGCGCUGGAGGGACAGGUAUCUCCCAUGAAGGAGCAGCCCUUGGAGCCUUCCCCUAACCCUGCUGGGGACCCCCAGCCCAACUCCCUCCUGGAGGAGCUGAUGAAGGAGAAGAAGGACUGGAUGGAUGGCGCACAGGGGAGCAGGAAGCCAGCAGGAGAUGAGCCACAGCUAAAGGAGCACAACCCGUGUUCUGGAGGGAGGAAAAGCCCCAGCUCCUGUAGUACCUUGGACCAAAAUGACGAUGCCUGGGAUCUGAUCACCUGCUUCUGCCUGAAGCCCUUCGCGGGGAGGCCCAUGAUCGAAUGUAACGAGUGCGCUACCUGGAUCCACCUCUCUUGUGCCAAGAUCCGCAAAUCCAACGUGCCUGAGGUUUUCAUCUGCCAGCGGUGCCGCGAUGCCAAGCAGGAGAUUCGCCGCUCGAACCGAGCGCGGACGGUGCCCCGCAAGCGCUUCUGUGACUGA